UCCUUAUCGGAUCCAAACCCGAACUGGCCUCGGAUUCAAUCUCCUAUUAAACCUCAAAGCAAACCCUUGUCGUCCAAAAAACCACCGUCCUACUACGUUACGAUCAACGGAAACUCUCGAUCAUGGCGCCUCACGACCUCCGCCGCCCAUUCAAGCGCCCGGCGAUCUCCGACCAGCAACGCCGGCGAGAAAUAGCCCUCCGCCGCCAGAACCAGCAGCGCUCCGACUCCCAGAACCGCGCUCGCCGUCUCGCUUCCUCCGUCGUCUCCCUCCAACCCGAACCCCAGCCCGAAUCCGAACCCGAUAUUGAGUUGGAAACUGAGAACGAGGCUUGGCUGGAAUCGGAUCCGAAAGCCGAUAAGGGGGAGCUUGAUGUCGUCGAGGCGUCGAAGUUGAAGGGCGCGGAGGCUCGCCGGUGGUUUGCGAGGCAGCUCAUGUUGCCGGAGUGGAUGAUUGAUGUUCCUCCUAACCUUGAUUCUGAUUGGUAUGUCUUUUCACGGCCAUCUGGAAAACGGUGUUUUGUUGUUUCUUCUAAUGGCACAACAGUAAGUCGACUCCGGAAUGGAUCUAUUUUGCACCGGUUUCCAUCUUCUUUGCCGUGUGGUGCCAAAACGAGAGAGAUGUCAGGUCCAGCACAUGCCUAUUGCAUUUUGGACUGUAUAUUUCAUGAGCUCGAUCAGACAUACUAUGUGAUUGAUAUGCUGUGUUGGCGCGGGUACUCAUUGUAUGAUUGCAGUGCGGAGUUCAGAUUCUUUUGGUUAAAUUCCAAGCUCGGGGAGACUGGAGCUUGUAAUCCACCAUCUAAGUACCAUAAAUACAGAUUCGCUGCUGUUCCGAUUUAUGACUGCAGUGAGAUGGGUUUACAAACAGCAUAUGCAGGUGCUGUGCCUUAUGCUAAAGAUGGUCUAUUGUUUUACAACAAGCAUGCACAUUACCAAACUGGCAUUACACCUUUGGCAUUAGUAUGGAAGGAUGAAUCUUGUAGUCAAUAUGUUAUUGACACUGACAGCAAAGGACAAGUUCCUGCCCAGCAGCAAGUUGUGUUGGAGUUGCAAGAUGACGGGAAAUUGACUACCUCAGAUGAUCCUCCUGUAGUGCUUGGUUGCACCGAUGGAGAAUUUAUACAGAAGUCAGGUGCCCAAUCAGGUAGUCUUCUCCGAUUUGCUAUUAGAGAUGAAGAAGUGAGACUUGUUGAUGGAAAAAUGGAGAUUGGUGAUGUGCAAUUCACUGGAAAGCCUAACCGAUCACGGGCAUUUGCAGAUAGCUAUUCUAAGGUUUUGUUCCAGCAUGCAGCUAGGCACUCCCCUUUGCUUUUUGGAGAUUUGAUUGCAUCCAUUCAGUCAAACCUUACCAAUGAUAGCAACGUAAAUGAUAUUGAUAUGGCUGGCUGAAGUUGUGAAUGGUUAUGCUUAUUAUCUUUAAUUUGUUACAGGCUUCAUUUUGGAGAACUAUUUAUUUGUAACCCAUCAGUUUUUGAGUUCCAUCCACCUUGCUUGUGUAUGUAAUACUAACUCCAUAAUAUGUAUGAUACAGCUUGGGUAUGAUACAGAAUUUUUUUGUGCUUGUUGGGCAUAACUGGUUCGUGCAAGAAUUAUUUUC